UAUAUUAAUUAAUAAUUCAGCUUGUCAAAACAAAGUUGCAGUAAAUUUAUUCAAAAAUGGCUUCUUCUUUUACUUUGCGCUAAGUAUGCAGAUCUUUAGCCUACUUCACUGAAGUGGGUUUUUUGGUCUUAGUGGUUUCUUGCUGAAUUUUUCAACUUUCACAAUCAAGUCCUUUUUUUUUUCGUGGAGAUGAUUCAGUUAUUGUUUUUGGUUCUCUUUGCGGAAGGUGUAAUGGCAUUCCUUUUAUUGGUAAAGAUUGGUCCUUUAAGAGAACUUGUUAUAAAGAGCUUAGAUCAGUUAAAAAUGGGGAAAGGUCCUGCAACUGUGAAAACCAUUGCUGGCACCAUGUCUGCAAUCCUUUUAUCAAGUUUUAUGAGCAUUUUAAAGAUCCAAAACAAAGGUGCUAAGCUUGGUACUAUGUCACCUAUGGAUCAAGUUCUUUGGAGAACUCACUUGCUUGAAGCUUCACUCAUUGGUUUCACCCUAUUCCUUGGGUUCAUAAUUGAUCGUAUUCACCAUUACAUUAAAAAACUUAUCAGGUUGAGGAGUAGCAUCGGAUCUUCAACAGAGGAAGUCCAACGUCUUCAUGAAGAGAGAAAGCAGCUUAAAGAGAAGGAUGAUAAAGCGUCCUUGGAGAUUAAGAAACUGAAAGAAGAAAUUUCAACUCUAUCACAAAAUUUGAAAAAGCUAAAGUCUGAAUCUGAAGAGAAAGACAGAAAGAUCGAAACUGCCGAAGCACACGUUGCUUCCCUCCAAAAACAAUCGGCUGAUUUACUACUCGAGUACGACCGGUUAUUAGAAGAUAACCAAAAUCUUCAGAAUCAAGGAAACAAGAGUUGAGGGAAAUUCCGAAGUGACUCGAAAAGAAAUCUGAGUUUCGGGUACUGAUUUGUAAAAAAGAAAAGGGGUAAUUCACUUGAACUUAGAUUUUUUAUUAGUUUGUUAAUCCCUUUUGUGUUUUGUAAUAGCUGAAAAAUCAGAGGAACAUAAUCAUCAAGAACCAUGUACUGACCUUGUCUGAACACAUGUCAACACAGAUUAGAGUUUUGCAAUUAUCAAAAAGCAAAAUUUUGUAAAA